AAGCCUUACUAGACGAAAUAACCAUAAAAUCAAAGUAAGAUCAAAUACUCUCUCUUCUCUAGCUUUCUUUUUCAGGUGCUGGAUUCUUCCUUCAGAGAACCAACAAUAAAAGGAAUGAAUAACAGAAAUAAAGAUGUAACAACGCCACCAUACCGGACAACAUACCCAAAUGGAAGGAAGAAUGGACCAGGACUCAUACUCACCAACAAAGCCCCAAGAUAGAAGAUAAAGAGAUGGCUGUAAAAGAAGCACAGUUGAACAAUACUUACCUAGCCCAGUUUUGUAAAUGGAUGGGUCGAUCAUUUGAUUUUAAACUUUUAUACAGAGCUUCAACAGAUGGAAUGGGUCCUACGAUAUUUCAUCAAAAAUGUGACAACAAGGGACCGACCGUUAUCAUUAGUUACAAUACAGAUGGUUGUGUAUUUGGUGGAUAUACGUCAGUUGAUUGGAAAUCAUGCACCUGUGGUAACACGUCAAGUCGAUUUGACCAAAAGGCUUUUUUAUUUCGUUUGGAAUAUAUGAAUAAAUUCUCUCCAAAAAGAUUUAUUAUAAAACGUCCGGAAUUGGCCAUAAGUCAGGGAGCGAAUUAUGGUCCAAUUUUUGGACAGGUAAAUGUUCAAGAUAUGAUGAUUUUACCGCAUGUAACAGUAUUCCCAACUGCCAACGGAAAUUUCCCUACUGGCCUGACCCCACAGAAUUUUACUUUUGGUAGAGUAUACGAUAAUGGAGGUGUAACAAUGCAGGAAGUUACCAAUGACAACUAUACAUUCAAGGACGUGGAAAUUUACCAAGUUAUGGAUCCAGUACGUCUAGACAAACCCUGGCGAGAUGAUAAAAAAGAAAAGAAGGCUACACUGAAGAAGAUGGUGGAGGAUUAUUGUCCAGUAGAAGACACUGGUGUGAAGCAAUCUCGAAUCCUAUUGGUUGGAUCAGUUGGAGCUGGAAAAUCAAGCUAUUUUAAUACCAUUAAUUCCAUAUUUAGAGGUCACGUGACUUGUCAGGCUAGUACCGGAAGUUCUGAACACAGUUUGACAACUAUAUAUCGCUGCCAUCAACUUCGUAACGACUCAUCGUAUUUGAAGUUUCGUCUCUGUGACACUCGAGGACUGGAAGACACUCAAGGAAUAGAUCCGGGUGAUUUGACCGCCAUGUUGGAUGGUCACGUUCCUGAUCGUUAUACGUUUAAUCCGUUUUCUCCUAUCACACCAGAUAGUCCAGGAUAUAUAAAAACACCAACAGUAAAAGAUAAAAUUCACUGCGUAGCUUUUGUUAUUGACAGUACUUCGGUUGAAGUUAUGAAUGAAUCAGUUCUCUCUAAAUUUAAACUAAUACAAAAACUAGCCAAUCAAAGAGGUAUUCCACAAGUUAUUGUGUUGACUAAAGUUGAUCAAAUCGAAUUAGAUGUAGAAGAAGAUCUGACCCAACUACUUUACUCAUCUCGAGUCGCUUAUGUCGUGGAUCAAGUUGCCCAGUUGAUUGGUUUACCUAGAGGUCAUGUUUUACCUGUUAAAAAUUACGAGAAAGAAACAGAAUUAAAUGAAACAGUUGAUAGAUUUGCCUUGUUGUCAUUACAACAAAUGUUAAGAUUUGCUGAUGAUUAUAUGUAUGAAUUACUCGAUGCUUAAAACUUUUACAAAUGUUUACAUUUAUUCUGUACUAUUGAUGAGCGCUCCUAACAGCCUUUCUAAUUUUGUGCUAAUUAUGUUUGUAAUAUUGUCAAUGUAAUACAGUAGACUCCGUAUAUAACGGACGCGCAUACAACGGACAAUCGCUUAUGGACACAACAGUUUGGUCCCGAUUUUUGAAAUAGAAAUUUCUUAUUAUCAAAGUCUUUUAUAGCGGACACUGUAUAACGGACAAUCGUUUAUUAAGGACGAUUUUCAUCGGUCCCUAAUCGACAAAUCAAUGGAAAAGUCCAUUUUGUCCAUUUUUAUAACGGACUCUCGAAUAAGCAGAACAAAAUGAUGAUAUUAUUGAUUUUAUUAUCGGUGACCAGAAUACUUUUCCCAGAAAAUAUCCAUACUUAUUUUAUACCCUUCUUUGUGUUUCUGGCGGAUUCAAGCAGACCUGCAUUACAGACUUUUUCAAAUAAGCUCGUUUAGUUUGAACAUCCAUGAUAUGUGAAUACAUUAUGUAAAUACAUGUAUGUUCUGUAGAUUCUGCAUAUGAUAAAUGUUGUUAUUUCAUGGGAUGGUGUUACAUUCUGGUGGCUAAUUCAGGGUCGAUAGCAGAUUUUUUUGUAUAACGGACACCGUUUAUAACUGACGAUAUCUUCCGGUCCCGAGGUGUCCGUUAUAUGCGAAGUCUACUGUAUUUACCAAUGUACGUGGGCGGCGCUAAUAACUUUUUCUGAUAUAUUCCAUUCUUUAUUGUCUUGGUGAUUAAAGGGACAAUAACACUCUUGCUGGCUUGAAAGUUCCAGAAAAUAAAUAAUAUCUCUAUCUAAGUACAAGAUGAUUAAGUGUCCUACCUGUUGUGUAAAUUAUCCAUUACAUCCUCUUUUACUUGUCCAGAGGGUUCGAAAAUAUUUUUAAAUCGAAGUUUCAUUUGAAAAGGUUUACGUUAGACGUUUCAAACCAUUAUGUUGAAUUUUUCAAAAUUUUUAAAUAAGGUGUGUUAAGAUGAAAUUUGUAUCAUCAAUUAAUUGAAAUAUUCUAAAAUAGUACAAUUUGUUGACCUGAAUAAAGAUUGGGACAUAUUAUUCAGUUACAACAAGAGUGGUAUUGAGCCUUUAACGUUACUAAUAUGGUCAAAUUAGUAUUUGCUAUUGGUACGGGGUGCUAACAAUAUUAUUAAUUUCAAUUACAAUAUUCAAAUUAAAAUGAUAAAAUAAAUAAAUAAUAAAAGAAAAAAGAUCGUUAUAGUUAAAUUAAAAUAUAAAUAAAUAGUUAAAU